AUGUAUUCUUCCCAGAUUGCAACAAUGACCUCAAAUUCAAAUCCCAGUUUUGAUCAGCUCCGUUGGGUCAUUCAAAUCCGUCGAACACUCGACGAAGAGCUCGAAGACGAUACCGGGGUACCAGUCUGCAUCUUCAAUGUCCCCAAAACUCUAGUAGCUAGCAAACCAGAUUGCUACCUUCCUCAAGAAGUUGCUAUUGGCCCAUACCAUUACCGUCGGCCAGAGCUCUAUGAGAUGGAAAGAUACAAGGUUGCUGCUGCCAAGAGGACUCAAAAACAACUACAAAACCUCAAAUUUGAGAACCUUGUAGAUCAAUUGAUGAAACAUGAGCCCAGGAUCAGGGCUUGCUUCCAUAAGUACCUUGAUUUCAAUGGUGAAACACUAGCUUGGAUGGUUGCAGUGGAUGCUUGCUUCUUGCUUGAAUUCCUCUAUGUUUAUGCCAUCAAAGAAGACAAAGUCCUCAGACUACCAAUCCUCUCUACAAUGUCACAUUUGGUGGACUAUUCUGGAAGGAAAUCAGCUCAUAAUGCUCUCCUUAGAGAUAUUGUGAUGCUUGAGAAUCAAAUUCCUCUGUUCCUAUUGAGGAAGAUCUUGGAAGUCCAGUAUUCGUCGUUGGAUGCAGCCGACGAUUUACUGCAUUCCAUGUUAAUGGGUUUAUGCAAAGAGAUUUCUCCAUUGAAGAUGAUUGAGAGCUUCCCCUGCAGUAUCCAAGUUAGUGAUUGUGCACACUUGCUAGAUUCUCUGUACCAAAUUAUUGUGCCCACAUCAAAACUACAAUCAGAAAUGACUGAAGCCCCUGAAGAUCAAAAUGCUCCAGCCAAUGAAGACGAAAAAUUCGAGGAUUCAAGUUAUGUGAAGAAGCUAUUCAAUGAGAGAUGGAAGCUGCCAUCCAAAUUAAAAGAAGGCACGAUCAAAUGUCUUUCUCAAGCGUUAGUUGUAGUAAUCCUGAUGUACUUAAGUACAGAUGCAUCAGGUGUCGAUGUAAUCGGAAAGCUGCGAUUAGGAUCUCAGAGACUAUGGAGAAUCCAAAUAGACUCUUUUACGGGUGCCCAAAGUUUACAUGUAACUACUUCGCUUGGUGUGAUCCUAUAAAUGCACCAACAACGGAGUCUCCGCGUAAAGAAGUCCCAAUAAACAAUCUCGCACAUGACUUUCGAGAAAUGCAAGAAGAGGUGCGGAGGUUGCGAGAGGAGGUGCGGAGGUUGCAAGAGGAGGUGUGGGUGUUACGAGAGGAGGUGCGACUGUCGCGAGAGGAGAUGCCAGGGUUGCAAGAGGAGAUGCACAGUGAAAAAUUUAGAAUUGAUGAAGUGGAAAAAUUUGUUGGAUCGGUGAAUGUUGUAGCCAACUUUGUAUUUGUUUUUUCAGUCGGUGUAUUUGUAGCAAUUGUGAUUGGUAGAAGAAUGUGAUGAUGUUUUGUAAUUGAAGGAGAUGUUAGUAAUGAAAUGGUGUUCUCUUUUUGGUGUUU